AUGCAACCGUCCAUGUGCAACGCAAAGUGCAUAAUUUGUCCCAAUGGUACAGGCGGUGACUGCAUUAGUUCGGGUACAGUCUAUCUGAUCUCUUGUAAUGCGUGCGAAGACGAAUACGUUGGCGAAACGGGUAGACCACUCUGCGCGAACCCUCCGUUGACGAGUCCAUCUCCUGCUACGACGAUUACAAUGCUAGUGACCAAAAGUAGUGCGAUUGUUACCACUGUGGCUAAGCAGACAAAUAAAGUCCCUACUACAGAGCGCUCAUUUUCCGGUUUGGUUUUCCUGUCACUCGUCUUGUUCAUCGCAGCAGUAGCUGUGAUUGGCAAAAUUAUUUACAGCAAUAGGAGGAGGCGCAGUGACUUGAUAGGUGGCACAGCUCGAUGGAGAUUGGCGGCGUCUCAUCAAAGUGGAGCGGGACCACAACAGACCGCUGCUAGUUAUGCGCCCAUGGGCGGGAGAAGGCAGGGGAAUGAAAGAAAUGGGCUCGAUACCCCAGGUCCAGAUAGGUUGGACUGGGAGCGCCAAUUCUUCGACGACACUGAGGCGACGGAAAUUAUCGAAAUCACAAGCAUCAUUCGCGUUUGGCCUCUGAUGCAAGGACUAAAAAGAAAAGCUUGCUAUAACUUCAGUGUAUUCUGUUUGACGUCGCAUUUGUGCUUAUAA